AUGUGGGACUGCUUUGCGGAGGUCUACCUUGAGAUCGCAUCACUGAAGGAAGAGUCGCUGGAUCUGGAGAGCAAGCGACAGCUGAUUGCAGACUUGAUGGUCUGGUUUAAUAUUGACACCCACGACAAGAAAACACAGCGGUUCCUCCUGGCGCCACAUCUCAGUGACACUGCGUUCAUCUCGGUGGGUCGCCAUCUGAGGCAUGCCAUGGUUGCCCGUGGAAUGCUGGACCCCGCAGACCCAGGUCCGCUGGGCUGCGAGGCCUGGGACUCGGAGUCGCAGGCCUCAACCACGGAGGAUUGGACUCAGGAAUAG